AUGGCGGUUGCCGCGCUCCUGCGCCGGGGGGCGCUCUCGUCGUCGUGCCGCCAUGAUGUUUAUAUCCGUUGCCUUCUCUCCGAUUCUGAUCUACAUCCGUUGGUCAAUUCUGCCAAUUUGAGAUUUUGGAGGGGCAACCACAACUCUGGGAAGUUUGAUUUCACUGAUAUGACGCAUCCUCAUUUAUGGUAUCCAAAUGCCCGAGAAAAGAAGCGCAAUGUAUUUUUGCACGUUGGUCCUACAAACAGUGGGAAAACACAUAAUGCUCUCAAACGAUUAGAAGCAAGCUCUUCAGGUGUGUACUGUGGACCUCUAAGAUUGUUAGCACGGGAGGUAGCAGAAAGAUUAAACAAAGCUAGUGUCCCCUGUAACUUGACUACUGGACAAGAAAGGGAAGAAAUUGAAGGUGCAAAGCAUAGCUCAGUGACCGUUGAGAUGGCUGAUGUGACGACUGAGUAUCAAUGCGCUGUUAUUGAUGAAAUUCAGAUGGUUGGCUGUAGAACAAGGGGUUGUUCAUUUACACGUGCACUUCUGGGGCUUUGUUCAGAUGAGCUUCAUGUUUGUGGUGACCCAGCUGUUGUCCCUAUUGUUCAGCGAUUGCUUGAAGCUACUGAUGAUGUGGUUACGAUUCAAUAUUAUGAGAGACUAUCUCCUUUGGUUCCUUUGAAGUCUACACUUGGAUCUUUCUCAAACAUCAAGGCAGGGGAUUGCAUGGUAACGUUCUCACGGCGCGAGAUAUAUAAGCUUAAGAAAAAAAUUGAAAUGGCGGGAAAACAUCUUUGCUCUGUAGUCUAUGGCUCAUUACCACCAGAAACUCGAACGCAGGCGACAAUGUUCAAUGAUGACGCCAGUGACCUUAAUGUGCUAGUGGCUAGCGAUGCUAUUGGAAUGGGUCUUAAUCUGAACAUUUCUAGAAUUAUUUUCUCUACACUGAAGAAGUUUGAUGGUAUCUGCACCAGGGAACUGACUGUCCCUGAGAUCAAACAGAUUGCUGGCAGAGCUGGGAGAUAUGGGUCUAAAUUCCCAGUUGGCGAAGUGACCUGUUUAGACGCUGAAGAUCUCCCGUUACUGCACUCAUCCCUGAAGUCACCUUCUCCCAUUAUAGAGCGUGCUGGACUUUUUCCCACAUUUGAUUUAUUGUCUGUGUAUUCACGAUUACAUGGAACUGACUUUCUUCACCCUAUAUUGGAACAUUUCUUGGACAAGGCUAAACUGUCUCCGGACUAUUUUAUUGCCGAUUGCGAAGAUAUGCUGAAAGUUGCUGCUAUUGUUGAUGAGUUGCCUCUUGCGUUGCAUGAUAAGUACGUCUUUUGUCAAAGUCCAGUGGAUGUGAGGGAUGAUAUAUCUAUUCAGGGAUUAACACAGAUGCAGUUUGCAGAAAACUAUGCAAAGAAAGGCACAGUUCGGCUUAAAGAAAUAUUUACACCUGGAACACUGCGGGUGCCUACAACACACAAUCAACUCCAGGAGCUUGAAUCUGUUCACAAGGUCCUAGAGUUGUAUGUGUGGUUAAGCUACAGAUUUGACGACUCUUUCCCAGAUCGUGAAUUGGCGGCUUCCCAAAAGUCAAUAUGCAGCAUGUUGAUUGAAGAAUACCUUGAGAGGUCAGGAUGGCAGACACAAGGACAAAGAAGGUUUUUGCAUACUCCACGGAAAUUGCGCCAAGAAUAUGAUGCGUCACAAUUGCGUGGGUAUUUUCGAGAAAUUGACGAAAGAUCAAAAUAG